AUGGCGUUGAAUGCGGUAAUGAUUGAAGCGCACAUGCGCAACCCGGUGCCCCUGCCAAACGAAAACUUCCUGUACCACUGCAACGGCGUGUCGUUCAGCCUAAAGACAGGCAAUGGGUACCCAGGGAACUCCGUCGCGUACAAGUCGGCAGCGGGCACAGCGUUCGUGUCGAACCAGCGCAUCGUGUUUCUCUCACAGCGCACGCGAGCCGGCGAGGUGGAGUCGUUCACGGCGCCGCACACACACCUGCAGUCGCCCAAGUUCACGCAGCCGCUAUUCGGGGCGAACCGGUUCGAGGCCGAGGUGGAGCCGGUAGCGGGCGGCGGGCUGGCGCAGCGCGGGCUCCUGUCACUGGGGUUUGCCGAGGGGGGCGGGUAUGACUUUGCCAACAAGGUGCGCGAGAUGGGCGAGCGGAUCCGGCAGAUCGGCGAGGUGCCGGCGUACGAGGAGGAGCUGCCGGCGUACGACCACCCGCCGGCAUACGAUGCACCGCCCGGCUAUGCACCGGCGAGGGAGUAA